GGAGGACGAGAGAGAGGACGCGGCAAAAAUUUCGUGGCGAAGCUGACUGGAUAGAGGUGAGACCGGAGGCCGUCGCGUCGGGCGGGCGCAAUCCCGUCGAGCGGGUAAAUCGGAAGUUACGGUGCGAUUAGAAAGAUCGAUACGAAAUUGCGAACUGGGGAAAUUGCGGGCGGCGCGUUUACGAGCUGGCCGAGGGUGGUCGAGAGAGAGAGAGAGAGAGAGAGAGAGAGAGAGAGAGAGAGAGAGAGAGAGACAAAGGAGGAGAUCGCAGAACGGUCGAAGGGAAAAAAAGCGGGCGGAACGCGUGCGAUGCGUCGUGGAAAAACCGGCGGCGAAGCGGACCCGAGGAAGACCUAGAGGGCCCGCGACGUUCAGGCAGAAGAGAGCGGAAAACUGUAGACACGCACGGUGACGAAGGGAACGGAGACGAGCGCGGAGAGGUAUCGUGGUGCGAGAGGCUCGAAGUCUCGAAGGCUCGAAGGCUGAAGAGAGCAGUGUGUGCAGGGAAUAAGGCAACGUGGCGAGCAGGACUGCACCGGGCAAGAGAGAACGCGGAGAGUGGAUCCGAUCGGAGCAGAAGCGAAGAGAGCAACGCGCGUGGUACCGACGGAGAACGCGCGAGAACGGGGGAGAGAGAGAGAGAGAGAGAGAGUGAGGCGCCUGCCAGAGAGGAACGGAGAGAAACGGAGAGAAGAGAGAGCGAGAGGCAGAGUCGGUCUCGGUUGUGGGGACAGAAACGGAGGAAGAGCGAGAGAAAGAGACGGGGAGAGAGACAGAGAGCCAUUCAUCUUGGCGCGCCUAGGCGGCGCGCGAUUGGUCCGACCGGGAUAAGGGAGCGACGGGAUUGGUCGGCUCUGUUUACCAGCUGGUACCCCGGCGCGGUCGAGGAUCGUGGAAGGAGAGGGGGGAACAGAACGGAGAGACAAGCGGCGCCAUUAUUGUAAGGGGUUACAUUUAGCUGGCCGUGGGUUGUAGUACGCGGCGUUCGGGAUAGGGGGCUAUAGUACCUUCAUGCAUGGCCCAUAAAGGAUUCGUCGACUAUCCGAGAAGUACGCAAGAAACGGCUUCUAACACCUGACAGGGGCCACGCUCUUCUCUUCUCUUCUCUCUCCGCGUGCCGUCGCGUCGCCUCGCCUCGACUUGCCUCGACUCGUCGUGUCGCAGCCCAAUUUUCCGACGCUGGGACUGGGACCGCUGCGGCCGCAGAUCAGCUGGGUGGGCCCCAAGACGCACCGAACCGCCGCACCAAAUACCCGCUGCUUUAUCACCUUUCCCGUGGCCCGGCGCGUCCAAGGAGCAUCGUAAUUACCAUAAAGGAAUCGUAACCGACCUCGGAGAACAGGACCAUCGGUUGGACCAUCCGUUGGCCCGUAGGACCUUGGACCGUCCGCGACCAUCGGGGACCAAGGAUGAUCGGAGCCCAGCGCCGAUAGAAACAUACCCCGCGACCGUUGGUCCAUCAACGGAGGAGGAAGAAGAAGAAGAAGAAGAAACAGAAGAAGGAGAUCCGUUUCGCCGGUGUGCCGUCGCGAGUUCGCCGUGGACCCGCGCGACCACGCUCGUGCCAGCUAUCGGUUCCCUGUGAUAAUGUGUACAAGUUGCGUAAGUGGCAAUCAAAGUGGGGGUUGAAGCUAAAUGACACAGAAGGGACAGUCGAGAGUCAGCUGGAGAUCGGAGCGCAACAGCAGCGACGAGUGAGCGACGGCCGACGUUAGGGAGCCAGGCCGACGGGUUCGUGUGCGCGCGGGAUAAUAAGUAGGAAUAGGUAGAGAUCGUCGUCGGGCAGGUGUAACGAUCGGGGAAAAAAUAGGCCGGGGACGGUUGGCCGAGGAGAGUUAGUGACAGUGGAAGAGAUGAGGCAGCAGCCGGCAGGCUCGCCAGCGGCGCGUUGGUGUCGGUGUUGAGACACUGGACCCGGCACCCGUGUCCGGGCGUGUCUUCGGCAUCUACGCGGCUCCGCAAGUACCGGCCAGCAGUACAGGUGCAGCCGCUAUGAGUUCGAAAUUCAUAAUCGAUAGUAUGCUACCGAAGUACCAUCAGCAGUUCCAUCAUCAACAGUUGUUCUCGAGCGCGAACCCAAGCACGAUCCAGGCGUGCACGAGCAGCCCGGCCACCGCCAGUCUAGAGUCCAGUUUAUCCGCGGCUGCGGUUGCGGCCGCGGCGGUAAAUUACGCGCAACAGCACAACUCGCCGAGCCCGACCGGCUCGAGUCCCCAGCACUCCGGAAGCUCCGCGUCAACGUCACCGGCGGCACGCACCACCUCGAGCAUGUACCCGUACGUAUCGGCGGCGGCGGCGCAUCAUCAUCAUCAGCAGCAGCAGGCGGUCGCGGCGGCGGCCUUCGGCGCCACGUCCAGCAUGGUGCCGGGCUUCGGUUCCACCGCGGCAUCGAGCGCCGCGUUGGCCGCGGCCGCGGCCGUCGACGCGGCCACCGCCGGCGACAAGUCCUGCCGCUACACCGCCAGCCUCGCCGGAAAUGUAGCGCCCACGUCCGCCGACCCCAUGGUCAACUACACCCUCGGACACCACCAUCAGAACGGUGCCACACCGGGCAGCCUCGUGUCCUCCGCUUCCGCGUCCUCCGCGGUCUCCGCGGCUUCCGCCUCGAUGGCCGCCGCAGCGCAGUUCUACCACCAAGCUGCCGCCGCAUCAGCCGUCGUCGAUCCGCUGACCUCCUGCCAACAACCCACCACCGGACAGCCCGGCAUCUCGGACAUACCCCGGUACCCGUGGAUGUCGAUCACCGAUUGGAUGAGCCCGUUCGACAGAGUCGUGUGCGGCAAAUCUGCGUUUCUGACGUUUCCAGGGCCGAACGGGUGUCCGAGGCGUCGGGGCCGGCAGACCUACACCCGGUUCCAGACCCUGGAGCUGGAGAAGGAGUUCCAUUUCAACCACUACCUGACGCGACGGCGGCGAAUAGAGAUCGCGCACGCCCUGUGCCUCACCGAACGGCAGAUCAAGAUCUGGUUCCAGAACCGGCGGAUGAAGCUGAAGAAGGAGCUCAGGGCGGUGAAGGAGAUCAACGAGCAGGCGAGGCGGGAGCGGGAGGAGCAGGACAUGAUGAAGAAGCAGCAGGCGGAGAAGCAGGCGAAGAUGCAGCAGGAGCAGCAGAACGCGGCGCUGCAGCACCAGCAACCGCACCACGUCAGCGGGCUGGACAAGACGCAGAGCGAUCUGCUGAAGGCGGUCAGUAAGGUGCCCACAUAGGAUACUUUGCUGGGCCGGUUGUCUUUCUUUUAAAGAAGAAACAAGAGACUGGACGCAGCGGUUUCGACGCGCAGACAUCGACAGCCAGCCGGGAGGACGAGGACGGGAACGGGGACGAGGACGAGGACUUCUCUCCUCUUCUCUUCUGUUUCGGGAUCGGAGCGCGCGAGGACGAUGCGGUCUCGGAACGAGGAACGGUGUUCGCGUGGGAGGCCUUGCCCGUGUGAUCUUCUCUGUUCUCCGUUUCUUUUUUAUACCGGGAGGGGCCGCGGGAGGAGAGGGAGGAAAGACUCGGUGGACUGCUCCUCCGGUUCGGUGAAUCCGAGAACGGGAGCGAACACGGGGGCGAAGCUGGAAGGAAGAGUGGGCGCUCGCGCGCGCGCGAGAGCGCGCGACGAUGCUCGAUAUCGGUCGUCUGUGUCUCUUUUGCUUUUUCGAACGAAGAAAGGAACGAACGGAUCGCGACCAACACCUACGACACACGCACACGAACACGCCACGUACACACUCACGCACACAUUCGCGCCAUACACUCGAGGAGACACGCGAAGCACACACGCUCUUCUGCCGGGCGCGCGAGGGCAGAGAGAGAGAGAGAGAGAGAGAGAGAGAACGACGAGGAUGAUACACGAAAAUCGUAGACGGUUUAGAGAGGAGGAGGCGGACGCGCGGAGGAACGCGAGGCGUAGAGAGAAGAUGCGAAGCACACCCUCGAAAACUACGUACGUACUUAUUUUGGCUGGGCCAAAGGAGGACCUAGCCUGCGACUGAUUCCUAGAAACGUAUAAAAAUGUAUAGUGUUAAUCGGGCGGUGCGCUCGAGCGAUCGCCGCGGGAGGAGAGAACGGGAACGAGCGUGCAUUCGGUCGCCGCGGACGAUAAACUGCCACAACACACGAGAGGACAACACGAGCACGAUUCAGAGGAGAGAAGCCGACGAUCGCGACCCGGACGCGACCUAGAAAUUAGUUUUAGGAAACAGCCGACGAGCCGACGAGCAGGAACGCGCCGCCCUGUCGUCGCCAGUUUGCGGCGAUCAGUUCGUACCGACGCGGACGGAGGAAAGGACGAGCGCCGAGGGCCGAGGGAACAGGGAGACGAUUCGUCUAAUUGCAAUCGAAUCAUCCGGGGGGGACCGAGUUCCGAACCAUCCCUCAAUAUCCUUCAGUCGUGAUCCUGCUGACGAAAGCCUCUGAAACAUCCCUAAUCCUUGAAACGUAAUCCAACCUCAUUAAAUACCCUGAAACAAGUGAUCGAUAACAGUCUCUACACUUUAAUCGAUCAAACGUGUUUCGAUCUUGUCGAACUCCUUGAAACUCGCUGAUAAAACGAUCUCCAUGUUUGAUCCAUUAUUUGGAAAAGAUUCUGCGAGUUCAAACAAUCUCCAGGUUUGAUCCCGCUUCAUCCAACAAUUAGUUCGAUUGCUAUUUGUAAACGAUCGUUGCGAGUUUGAAGGUGCGCUUCUCUGUCAAACUUGACACUUCUGAACCGUCCCAAGUCCAUCGAACAUGGUUAAAUCUUGUCAAAUACCCUAAAACAUCCGGCUGAUAAUAGACUCCACAGCAUCCCCGAUCCAUCGAACAACCUCCAAUCUUGUCGAUCUUCCUGAAACUCGCGGAUCGAACGAUCUCCAGGCGUGUUCCUCGGAGAACCUCAAGCAAAAAUCAGAUUCGAGGGAGUUUAAAAUUCUCGGUGAAGAAGCCUGGGAACGAGGCGCAUACCUUGCCGGGCAGUCGGUUAUCGCGGGGAACACGCUUGAGCUCCGAUCGGCGGCCGAGUUGUUUCGCGCGCGAGGAAUUUCGUGGUACAAAUCGAUGCCAUUCGCCGAGCUCCCCUUUUACAGAGUUAAUUAGCCGUGGUUUACACUCGGCGGUUACCUCUCCGUGACUCCGCGUUGCAAUUAGGCGAAUGAACGUCGCUCCCGGGGAAUAUCCGCGGCGUUCUGACGCGCGCGUCGGAGAACGCGCUGACGCAAGGAUCGUUUUGCGCGUUCCGACCCUGCGCGAGAUCGGGGCUUACAGUUCUCCCUCGUUCGGUUUCCCUGGUUUCCCUUCGGCUCGUUCAAAUCCGGAUCGAGCCGGCGAUCGAGGAUCGAUAGGAACGCUGGCCCCGUUCGCAGCUUUGGUCUCGGUCUUCACCGUAGUUUGGGACUCACGGUCGGAGAUGGGCAGAAUUUGAUCGGAACCGGUUGGUGAUUCGUUGGUUAUCGUAUCGGAAGAUCGUUCUCGUGGCACGAGGAUUCUUUUAGAUAGACUUUUAAUCGUCGGAACGUUGUGUUGUAUCGUGUUUUUAGCGUUAGAUUUUUAUCCGUGGUCUCGCGGCCGGGUGAAAUUCGUGCCCAUCUCCGGCCCGAUCCAGUAGAUCAGGGGUUCAAAUAGAGAAAUUUAUUUUUUUAUAAGGCGGAACGAAAAAUUCGCAGGGUCUGGGGGCCGGCGACGUCGAUUCGCGAGCGCUGCUCGGGACCGGGGCACGGUAUUCCCUCGCUGGAAGAUCCAUCGGGCGUCUAUGAACGACAGUUUCUUUAAACAUCUGCCACGACGGAGUUGAGAUAAAAAUGUAUUUAGUUGUUGAGCGUGCCAAGAAGUAAUCGUUUAUGUUAUCGAGUUGUAAGUGUCCUUUAAGUUUCAAAGAUUUGUCUGCCCUUUCGUUUCACGAAAUUGUUACGUCGCGAGCAUUGUUAACAUUUGAGUCGGCUGCCAAUCGCUGCAGCACCAAUCAGCGAGGGAAUACUGUCGCCCCCAACUCGUUCGCGCGAGAACGAUUCUCUCGGAUCGCGAGGAAAUCAAGAAAACAAAGACCAGUGACCUGCUCGACACGACGAGCUCAGGAAUCGUCGAUCAUUGACAGACGGCACAGUCGGUUCGGGUAGGCUGCAUUCGUUUGUCGCUUCAGUUCGAUCUCAGAAGAUAUCGCGCCAGGUAUCGCCAAAAGGCUUUCACCGAUACAAGGCCACUUGUAUAGGGAGCAGCACGUUUUCCAUAUUGUCUAAGAUAAUUUAUCGAGACGUCGUCGGGUGGAACCGCGCCCUCCGCCGCGAUCCAGGGAUCGUCGCCGAGGUGCUCGGCACCCGAGGUUCUCCAGAGAAACUUCGUUUCCUCGCGCAGUUUUGUUUCCUCUUUCCCCCCUCCCUCCUUUUUUUGUUCCGAACGUUGCUCGAUUGAUUCGCGGUGGGGUUCGUUUCAUUGUUUCCUCUGUUAAUUUCGUUUAUUAUCGCGUUCGUUCGCUGCUUGACUGGAAGUCGCGGACGUUGAAACCGUCGACACGGAUUUUUACGUUUGCUUUCAGAGUUUACCGGAAGAAACAAAAAAGAAGUACGUAUUCAUUUCGAACGACACAAAAACAUUCAUUGACGAAGUUCGCGACAUUCAUUCAGAAAUUAAUUGAUGUCGCAAGGGUGCCGCGGAUUGUUUUCGUUUUUUUGUUGAAUUUUCCGCGGAGAUGAUUUAUAAUUGCAAUUCGUAGUAAUAUUUUUGAACGUUGAAUAUCGUGGUUAUAAUUCGGGAAACGUCGUUAGGACUGUCGUCGUUAUGCGAGCUGACGGAAAAAACGUACAGAGAGACGGUAACUUUUCGAGCCAGACUUAAUCGUCGAAGACAAUUGAAGUACCGGUACUUGUUACCUCAAUUACACGAAAUGUAUCGUCUUCGGAUGAAAAUUAUCGUGGCAAACGUAUUCGCGACAGUCUUCUGAAGGUGUUCACAAGUUGAAAUUGUUGUCGGUCAAGCCCACCCCAGUGUCGGUGGUUUCAACUCCGAGUUAAGCCAACCCCUAACUUCCAAUCGAAUUUUUUCGUUUCUCCUACUCUUUGGUAUCUUGUUCCAUUGUUUCGUGCCAGCUGGACGAUGGUAAAGGACGUAUCCGAGAAGAGGGAAGAAAUCGGGGGUCUGGACAGUGCUUGAGAGAAAGUGAGAUAGAGAGAGAGGGAGAGAAAGAGAGAGAGAGAGAGAGAAGGAAGAGGAAAAGCGCACGCAGGCUCUCGCACACGGACGACGACACAUCACCGGACGAGUAUCUCACUCUUAGUACAUUAAAUACGUAAUUUGGUGUCAGGGUAGACCUUUUUCCAUAGAUAUAGAGGCCGUUGUUGCUAAUACUUACGGUAGAACUCGAUUUAGACGCGGAUAAAGGGAGACGAAGCCAGCCGCGCGAGAACGAGACGAGAGAAAGAGAGCGAAAGAGAGGAAGAAAGAAGAAGGAAACGCAUAUUCGGGAUUUAUAGAGAUCGAUGCCUAAUUAUUUUUGGGUCUCCUGUCCGUCGAUGCGAUUCGUACAAGGCAUUCCGACCCGUUUCUCGGCGAUUCUCGAGACAUUCUCGACACAUCGUUCGACAAUCGAGUAUCACGAGAGGAAUUCGCUCGGUUCCGCGGAAAUCGAUCGAUUCCCGAAAGCUUCUACGCCCGGGGAUCGCCUCGAUGAUUUAAUGUUCCUGUCUCGAGCGAUCCGCUGCUUGCUAAAAUCGCGCCCGCGCGCGCGCGCGCGCGUUUUUCCCUGCGUACGUUCUUAUUUCCUUUCGUUCCGGCAACUCCAUUUUAGUUUUAACAAUCCUUCGAACGCGAGUCGUUAAGUUUUAUCGGCGAGGAUCGCGAGGAAUUACUAUCCUUUUUCGAGCGAGGGGCCGAUGGGUGGAGGGGUGACGAAUCAACGAAACAUUUGCAGAAACAUAUACGUAACUCGAACCAAGAGACAUAGUCAUAGAGGAAGAGAGAGGAAGAGAAAUAGAGAAAGAAAAAGAAACAAAAAGAGAGAGAGCGAGAGAAAAAAAUAGUUGGGGAGUCGUUUAGUUUUCCACGAAGGCGGGGAAUCCGUUGUACGAAUCGUCCAGUGACUAUAUAUUUACCAGAUUGUAAAAUCAUAGUGUACACAAUACAGCACGAUAUAUAGAAGUAAACGACUAUAUUAUAUAUGAGAAUAAAAGAAAAACAAAUAAAUAAAUAAAUAUAUAUAUAUACAUGAACAUAGAAUAUAUAUAUAUAUAUAUAUGAACAAAAAACGAGGAAAAAAUGAAUCUGUUGUACCGCGCGCUCUAAGGACAAAGAAACAAAAAACGAUUUUGAUAGUAGCCUGCUAAGAAUUUAGGAUACGCGCGACCUCGUACGUAAGGGUUCUCUUCGGUGAGAACGAACGAUCGCUGGAGGCCCUAGAGAGAGGAAGGUGUCGAGACAAAUUAAUAAACGCAUAGAUAAGACUUUGUUACCUUGCGACGAAACAUAGGGGAUGUUUUUAGCUCGAUUAUCGCGCGACUGUACCAGAUACGGGGGAGGUCGACGAAAGGAAAAAAGGAAAGAAAAAGAUAAAGAGAAUCGAAACCACGUGGAAAUAGACACGUCCGUAAUCCAAGCGCGAGAUAGCGUCGUUUUAAGGGGAAUUCUACGGGGGUCGAGAGACAAAAAUGGGGCGGAGGAGCGUAGUCGGACGAAAAAAAAAAGAAGAAAGAAAAAGAACCGAUAGGAUUCAUAUUAAAUACUGUACCGCUAAUUACCUAAACUAAAAAGUACUGUUAGCGAUAAAUAUUCCCGUGUACGUAAAGUAACGAUUAAGCUCCGAGCACGCGUGUCCACAGACGAGCUGUACGUUCACAUUUCCCUCCCUCCGACCACCCUCGACCCACCGCCCGCGUAACGAUUCACUUGCGCGCCGUAAUUGCAAACGAUGUCUCGACGACGCAAUGGCAAAGUAGAUCGAAGCGAGGGAAUAAGAGCGGGUGAAAAUAGCGUAGCGUGCAGGGUUGCACGCGUGUGUGCGACGCUCGAGAAUCGCUGUAGACGGGGGGCGGGUCCUCGCAGUGAACUCUGGACAGCGGGCUCGUAUUUUCGACAGUUGGUCUCCCGCGAACGCGAACAGGGCACGGUUUUCGAAAACGGAAAAACGGAAGGCACCUGGGAAAAGCGUGUACAGCUGCCGCCGGGUCCGAGAAUUGUUAAUUUGUUCUUUUUUUCUUUUUACCUAGAAUUCUAUGUUGACGAGCUCCAAGUUCGUUUCGUUAUUGCGGUGUUCAUGUUUCGGUUUUGUUUUCAGAGUUUUUUCUUUUGAAAAAAAGAUCUCCCGGGACCCGGUUUGUCGCUGCGACGGGGGGCAGGGGGUGCGAAUGUGGCGCAUCGGUAUUAAUUAAAUCUCGCGAGCCAACGAUCUAUCGAUACCGUGCGUCGACUGUUUGCUUGUAUAUACGUACAUUGAUUUUUGAAGCAUUUUUCGUGUUCUUUAUUCGCGGAAGAGAAAGCCAGAAAAAGAUAAUCGCUUUUCAUGUUGCGGGGAUAAUUUUGUUACGUUCAUGGCUGACGAUCUGGAAAAUGUCAGCGUUCUUUUGCGUACUAUGUAAUUAUUUUGUUGACUCGUAAUAGGCUUAUCUUUGUUUCGAUUUGUAAUCCUGGAUUUACUUUCGGUAGCGUAGCCGUCGGACCCAAUUGUGAUCUUUACGUUCAGUCGCGAACCAAAAAGUGAUUAGGCUUGAAGCGCGACUUUGACAUUUUUCGCUUAAAGAAGAAAAAAAUUCGAUUAAAAUCCAAGUGCGAUGUUUGCACGACGACCCAGCAGAUCCGCGGAAAAUCGAUUGGCAGCGUUCGCGACGAAACCCGGGCGCGGAAAAACCGUAGGGAACCUCGGCUGGCAUGAUCGUUCGCAUGCGUCCGAGGGGAUCAAAACGGAAUCGCGUGCGAGACGCGCACCGACGGCUUUCUCAUUUCUUCGAAAGCAUCGCGCAAUGUUCGUUUCGCCUCGCGUGAACAUGUCACGCUCGCGUGCUUCUUUCUUCGUCUUCGGGGCCCGAGGGCCAGUAUCGUUGCGGCUUCCGGUGACGCAAGCAGCUAUAUCUUCUUCGAGCUGACCGGAGGGGUAGAAAAUCCGCGGCGUAUAAUCGGACACGAACCGGGGAGGACGAAAGAAAGCGCGGCAAGCAGGGACAGGACGGAAAAUCGCGAAGAUGGUCGCGUCCGCUCCGAGCGAUCUCAGUCAUCGAAUUUCCAGGGGAUGAUGAACGCGACGCGAUCCGAUUAUUUCUGGUGCUCCGAUCACUUCCACAAAUUUAUCCCCGUCGAUGUCCGAACGACAGGAACGCGUUCGGGAAAGAAAAGCUAUCGGGACCCUUGAAAAUGGCCCGAGAAACGUCAUAAACCUGCGUAGACGAGCGUCUUGUAACAGUAAAUAGACUGUGGACCAUUUAUGCUAAAUAAAGGUUUCUUUAUGAAUUGCAAGAAUAAA